AUGGGCGAGUGUGCGUGGGGUGCGGUGUUGCGGGUGGUGGCGGUGCAGGCGGCGUGGGCGCUGUGCUGGGGGCAGGUGCGGUACUCGGUGCCGGAGGAAGCCAAGGCCGGGACGGUGGUGGGCCGUGUGGCGCAGGACCUGGGUGUGGAGGCGGGCGAGGCGGAGGCGCGGCGGCUGCGGCUGGUGCCUGGGGGCCGGCGGGCGAGCGUGGAGGUGAGCGGGGCGAGCGGGGCGCUGGUGGUGAGCUCGCGGCUGGACCGGGAGGAGCUGUGCGGCAAGAGCGCGCCGUGCGCGCUGCGGCUGGAGGUGCUGCUGGAGCGGCCGCUGCGCGUCUUCCACGUGGAGCUGGAGGUCACCGACAUUAAUGACAAUGCCCCCAUCUUCCCCGCCGCCCGAAAAAACAUCAGCAUCGCGGAAUUGUCUGUCCUGGGAUCUCGUUUCCCACUGGAGGGCGCGUCUGAUGCGGAUAUCGGAGCGAACGCGCAGCUCUCCUACACACUCAGCCCCAGCGAGCAUUUCAGAGUAGAAGAAGAAAACAGUAACUCGCGCAGUAAGUCCCUGUUUCUGGUACUCACGAAAUCUUUGGACCGGGAGACGAUGCCUGUGCACCGGUUGUUGCUGACGGCGAGUGACGGGGGCCGGCCGUCUCUGACAGGGACGAUGGAACUUUUGGUCUCAGUUCUGGACGCAAACGACAACGCGCCCCAGUUCAACCAGUCCGUGUAUAAUGUACAUUUGCCCGAGGACGCAUUAGAGUGGACGCUGGUGGCACGGGUGAACGCCACAGAUCCAGACGAGGGAAGUAAUAAAGAAGUGAAAUAUGAAAUCGAUACUGUUGUUCCUUCCUCUGCCUCAGAUAUUUUCAGAAUUGAUGCAGAUACUGGAGAAAUCAGACUAACCGGAGUCCUGGACUUUGAGACAGUUACUUUAUACGAUGUACACGUUAAAGCAACAGACAGGGGGACACCACCGCUGUCGGGUCACUGCAAGGUGGUGCUGGAGGUGCUGGACGUGAACGACAACGCGCCGGAGGUGCGGGUGACGUCGCUGUCGGUGCCGGUGGCCGAGGACGCGUCGCUGGGGACGGUGGUGGCCCUGCUGAGCGUGUGGGACCGGGACUCGGGGUCGAACGGUCGCGUGCGGUGCUGGGUGUGGCCGUCGGGUCCGUUCGUUCUGGAGGCGACGUUGUCGGGGUCGUACUCGCUGGUGCUGCGGGAGUUGCUGGACCGGGAGCGGGUGUCGGAGUACGAGGUGGAGGUGCGUGCGGAGGACGGCGGUUCUCCGCCGCUGGGCGGCCGCGUUGGGCUGCGUGUGCCGGUGUCGGACGUGAACGACAACGCGCCGUCGUUCGCGCAGGCGGUGUACACGGUGCUGGCGCGGGAGAACAACUUGGCGGGCGCGGAGCUGGCGCGGCUGUGGGCGCGGGACCCGGACGAGGCGGGCAACGGGCGCGUGAGCUACUCGUUGUGGGAGGGCGCGUUGGGCGGGGGGUCGGGACCGUGGUGGUCGGGGACGUCGGGGUCGGUGGGGGGUGUUGCGGCGUCGAGCUACGUGUCGGUGGAGGCGGAGAGCGGCGUGUUGCGGGCGCUGCGGCCGCUGGACUACGAGGAGGUGCAGGUGCUGCAGUUCGAGGUGCGUGCGGUGGACGCGGGGGAGCCGUCGCUGUGCGGCAACGCGACGGUGCAGCUGUUCGUGCUGGACGAGAACGACAACGCGCCGGCGCUGCUGCCGGCGGCGGGCGGCGGGUCGGAGGCCGGGGCGGUGUCGGGGGAGGCGGGGACGCUGUGGGCGUGGGCGUCGUGGGGUUCUCCGUCGGGUCAGGUGGUGGCGAAGAUCCGGGCGGUGGACGCGGACUCGGGCUACAACGCGUGGCUGCGCUACGAGCUGUGGGAGCCGCGGGGCAAGAGCGCCUUGUUCCGCGUGGGGCUGUACAGCGGCGAGGUGAGCACGGCGCGGGCGCUGGAGGAGGCGGACGGGCCGCGGCAGAGGCUGGUGAUCGUGGUGCGGGACCACGGCGAGCCGGCGCGCUCGGCCACGGCGACGCUGAGCGUGUCGCUGGUGGAGGGCGGCGAGGCGGCGCUGGCGGCGGCGGCGGGCUCGUCGUCGCUGCUGCCGCGCUCGUUGGCGGGCGGCGAGAGCGGCUCUGGGCCGGCGGCGGCGGCGGCGACGAACGUGUGGCUGGUGGUGGCGAUCUGCGGCGUGUCGAGCCUGUUCCUGCUGGCCGUGGUGCUGUACGGGGCGUCGCGCUGGGCGCCGCGGGCGGCCGUGCUGUCGGGGCCCGGGCCCACGACGCUGGUGUGCGCCAGCGAAGUGGGCAGCUGGUCGUACUCGCAGCGCCACAGCCGGAGCCUGUGCGUGGCGGACGGCGCGGCCAAGAGCGACCUGAUGGUUUUCAGCCCCAACUUCCCGCCGCCGCCCGGCGCCGCGGCCAAGGACACGCAGCCGGAGCCUCCCUCUCUCCUCGACACGGUCAGUGGCCCUCCCUCUGUCUCCUUCCUUUCCCGGAGAACUCUCCUCUCUUCCGUCCCCUCUUCUCUGCCCCCUGCGCCCGUGCUAUUGAGAGUCUGGCCCCACCUGCCCUACCUGAGGGCCGUGGUUGCUUAUGGAUAUUAAUGGGACUUGUCUACGUGCCGCCUGGUCCUUUCUUGAGAACCCUGGCUCUUGGUGUGUGUGUCUGGUGAAAUUACGGUACCCUGGAGCUGAGAUUUCCUGCAGUGGGCCAGAGUUGUGUCCUAGAAUGCACUGCCUGUUUUGAUGAGAGCUGCUCUGAGUUGUCAGCUUUGUAGGUAAUGCUCUUGUUUGCUGUUGUGUAGGGUUUUGAUGUGAGCUUGAUGAGAAAUACAAGACAGGGAAGCUGUGGUGGUGACAGUCUCCGAGUCACUCUUUAUUGUCCUAUUGCCUUUGUUGACGGUGUUGGGAUAAGGUCUGGAUUAUUAUCAAAAACUGUCCUCUUCCAUUCAUUCCCCUUGCAAGAGAUGUGAUGCAAAGUUACCUUUGAGACUUCAAAUUUUUGGCUCCCUGUGGAAAAAACAAUUGUGCAUUUAGUUUUUGUAAUCAGACUCAUUAAAAAAGUAGGAAAGGCAGUACAGACUUUUACUAUCGUCUUUUUCUACGUAUCUUUUUGCUCUACUUAUUACCCGUUCAGGCAGAGGAAUGUGACCCAAGGUAAGUGUUAGAAUUCACAGUUUUCUUGGUAUUGUCCUGCUCUGCCUCUCUGUUGUGAAUUUGCAUUCCUGGCCAGAGAAAUGGUACGAAAUAUAGUAGUCUCUUUUGG